AUGGUCAAUUCAUCCGUUCUCGCGUCCCGCUGCGGCGACGUCGAUGUCUCGGGCAUCCGGCGCGUCUUCCACCUCGGCGCCAAGCUCAAGGACCCGAUCAACCUCUCGAUCGGCCAGCCGGACUUCCCCGUCCCGGACGCGGUGAAGGAGGCGGCGCAGGACGCGAUCGCGAACGACCACAACGGCUACACGCUCACGCAGGGCAUCCCGCCGCUCGUGCGCCGCAUCCGCGAGCACCUCGGGGCGGACCUGGGCUGGGACGCGGGCAACGAGGACGUCGGCGUCGUCGUCACGUCCGGCACGAGCGGCGCGCUGUACCUGCUCAACCUCGCGUUGCUCGAGCCCGGCGCGGAGAUCAUCAUCCCCGAUCCCUACUUCGUCGCGUACCCGCACAUGGCGACGAUCUGCGGCGGGCGCGCCGUCCGGUGCGACACGUACCCGGACUUCCGCAUGACCGCCGAGCGCGUCGCGCCGCUCAUCACCGAGAACACCCGCGCCGUCCUGCUCAACUCACCCGGGAACCCGACCGGCGUCGUGAUGACGGGCGAGGAGGUCGACGAGCUCGCCAGGCUGUGCGCGGACAAGGGCGUCCUGCUCAUCUCCGACGAGAUCUACGACGAGUUCGUGUACUCGGACGCGCGGAACGAUGAGGGCAAGUGCCCGAGCCCGUGCCGCCUGCCCGGCGCGCACGAGACGCAGUGCGUCAUCCGUGGCUUCGGCAAGACCUACGGGUGCACGGGGUGGCGGAUGGGCUACAUCGCGGGCCCGACGUGGCUCACGGACCAGGUCGCCAAGUUUCAGCAGUACACCUACGUCUGCGCCCCCGCGCCGCUCCAGCACGGCUGCCUCGCGACGUUCGAUGCGGACAUCUCGUCGAUUGUCUCGAACUACGAGACGCGCCGGGACAUGGUGCUCGAGAAGCUCGGCGGGGCGACCGAGGUCUUCAAGCCGGGCGGGGCGUUCUACUGCUUCGCGAAGGUCCCCGAGCACCUGGGGAUGACCGGUCAGCAGUUCUGCGAGCGGUGCGUCGAGGAGAACCUGCUCGUGAUCCCGGGCGGCGUCUUCUCCGACCGCGACACCCAUUUCCGCCUGAGCUUCGCGGCGAGCGAGGACCGCCUCGCACGAGGGCUCGAGAUUCUUGUACGCUUGAUGUCCCGACCCGGAAGCUGA